UAUUGAAUGUUUUAGGGUGAAGGUUUUGUGCUACCAAGGAUUAUAGAAAAGUGUGGGCAUGAUAUCUGUGAGAAGUGUAUCAUCAACAUAUUUGAGACUGGAGCGGCGACUGUAGAAUGUCCUUUUCCCGGCUGCAAAACCAUAUCUUCCUCUCUGGAUUUGAACCAGUAUCCUGUGAAUAAUCUUCUACUAGAUUUGAUAAAUAACAUGAAACCCAUCCCUGUACCACAGCUUGAAAGAGUACAUGAAGAUUUGUCAAUUCCAUCUACCUGUGUUCAUCAUAAGAAGGAGACUCGGUUUUAUUUCAUAGGGUUGGAUAUGUUUGGUUGUGAGAUAUGUGCAGAAGAAAUCCCUUCUUACGCUGUCAGUAUUCACCAAUUUCCGCCCUACAACCAGAGGUUACUGUUUGAUAUAAAUGGUUUGAUAACUGCGUGGAAGACUAGAAAAGUCCAGACCUUGAAGAGUUUGGAGAAUCCACUUCUUGAGUUUCAGCAUACCAUUAGGAAGAAAAUUAGAGAUCUUCACAGAGAAGUGGAUAAACUGGAGAAUAAACUCAUUAAACAACUUCAAGACGAACUGUUCCACCAACAGGAGUUGAAGGAUAGAGCUUCACAGGACCAGAAUGAGGAAAUUCUUCACCUCCUCAAGCUUCAGGAGAUGGCAAAACAGAGUUUAGUACUACAAUCAGAUUCCGCCAGCUGCAAUACUUACAAGUUGGAGAAACUAAUUUCAGACCUGGAGAAUAAAACACCAACAUUUAUUGAAUGGAUGGGAGUCCCCCAUCUUGAUUUAGACCCGGAGUACUUAAACAGAAUUCUUGAGGACAAUAUUCAGCUCAGUGUUAAUUAUCCACACAUCUCUCAAGACUGUGCAAUCCUGCCAGAAUCAGAGCCUGAACCUGUAAUCCAAGUUAUAAACCAACCCCUGACUAGUGUUGAAAUCACCCCUGCUGAGCUUCUCAGCGUGACCCACAUUAAUUCCCCGUCUCUGUUCUAUAUAAGGAAGGUGAGCAGCCAGGAUCUGCUGUAUAGUUUACGAGUUCUGCUUCAGAGACAAGGUCUCCAGCGUGUUGGAGCGGAGGAAAUUAAACUAGAUCUAGAGAUCUGCUCAAACCUCAGGAGAGGAAGAGUUACACGGAUCAAUGAGAAUUCGGUUCACCUGUAUCUGCUGGACUCUGGGGAGACUGUUGAAGCAGCAAAGGGUUCCCUCUAUCAUCUUCCUGAUCUUGCUAGACAACAACCUCCUCUAGCAUAUCCUUGCAAACUUAGGUUUGUUGAGCCACUGUUGAGCCAUGUAGUGGAGGGUGGAGAGAAGAAAUGGAGGAUUGGAGCCAUUCAAGAGUUCGUAACACUUACAAGGAAUAAGAAGUUAGUGAUUCCUAGUUACUCCAGCUCAGACUCUAUACUAGAGAUAGAUCUCUGCUAUCUUCCUCAACCCAACACAUCUCUCCAGGAGUAUGUGAACCUAGGAGAUAUCCUGGUGUUUAGGGAACUAGCUGCUCAUACACACAACAAACCAGACAAAAAACGUAAUUUCCCCUUCCCCCAACCCAACUACUCCCAUCGCGAAGAAGCUUGUGUUGUUGUUGAACGUGUGUUUUCUCCUCAAUGGUUCUACGUGAGGUCCUCAGGUUCAGCCAUUAAGAAGAGAGUGGACGCAAUUAAACAGGAGAUUCAGAAGAUUGAUGUUAGAACCUUGACAUUAAUACUAGCUCCGGCAGUCAACCAACCCUGUAUUUUUAUUGGAGAAAGUUUAUUCAGAGGAGUUAUAAGCAGAGUUCUUAGGGAGAAAAAGGUUGAGGUAACACUGAUUGAUGUUGGAACUACAGCUGUGUGUCAGCUCAAAGCAAUCCGUUCUAUUCCUCAUCAGCUGCUUAGUAUCCAGUGCCUAGUUAGACUAGUUAGACUAGAUGAUGUUUUCCCUGUGUCUGGUGAAGAUUGGAAUGCAUCAGCAAACACUGCUUUUAAAAAUGUUACUUUGGGAAAGGAGUUCCGAAUGUGCCUGGAGACUCCUGCAGAACCAGAUCAACCUCUAACUGUAUCUCUUUAUGAGUCCUACUCUGAUUGUGAUGUUAGCAUUAAUUCCUUGAUGGUUUAUCUCAAUCAUGCACGAUGCAAGGAUAGGAGGCAUAUUCAGGUCAAGUUUACUAAACCUGACAGUGGAACUAAAAAUAAACAGGGGUUUAACAUGUUCAAUGCUAAUAUUCUACCUUGGGGACCUUUCCCUCCACGCCUUCCACAGCCACGUCCUCGACCUUUAAAGGUUUUUACUCCUGGGACUGAGAUCAAGUGCAAGGUUGUAAGCGUUGUUUCACCAAAUAGGAUCUGUGUCAUUCCAGAAGAGUUCAUUUCUGAAGAGAUAAAUCUAACAACACGUAUUAUAGAAGAGGUGAGGAGGGAGGGCGUGGUGUUGAAGGAGCUGAAGGUUGGAAUUAAAUGUUUAGCCAGGAAUUCUAGUAUGUCCUUCUGUAGAGGGGUCCUCCUUGAGGUCGGAGAAGACAGGUUGGUGAUCUAAUCAUUCCCCAGAUAA